AUGUUUGACAUGCGGUGUGAGGAGGAGGCAGCGGUGCUGCCGCACAGCAGGGCCCGUCAGGAGCAGCUGCAGCUGAUAAAUAACCAGCUGAGGGAAGAGGACGACAAAUGGCAAGAUGACCUGGCUCGCUGGAAGAGCCGUAGAAGAAGUGCUUCUCAGGACUUAAUCAAGAAAGAGGAAGAAAGGAAAAAAAUGGAGAAGUUGAUGUCUGGAGAAGACGGGACAAGUGAACGGAGGAAAAGCAUCAAGACUUACAGAGAGAUUGUGCAAGAAAAAGAGCGGAGGGAGAGGGAGCUACACGAGGCCUAUAAGAAUGCACGGUCACAGGAGGAGGCCGAAGGGAUCCUCCAGCAGUACAUCGAGAGGUUCACCAUCAGCGAGGCUGUGCUGGAACGCUUGGAGAUGCCAAAAAUCCUGGAAAGAAGCCAUUCAACAGAGCCAAACCUAUCCUCCGUCCCGAAUGACCCCAGCCCCAUGAAAUACUUGCGGCAGCAAUCACUGCCUCCACCCAAGUUCACUGCCACAGUUGAAGCCACCAUUGCUCGCACCGGUGUCCCAGAGGCCAGCGCGGCAGGCGGCUGUGGGUCUCCAAGCAAAUCCAUCCCUCCCAGUGCAGUGCCUAUGCUGACACCCAAGCCUUACACCCAGCCCAAAGCCUCUCAAGAGGUUCUGAAGACUUUUAAGGCAGCCGCUGAUGAAGCUGAGUCGAAUGGCCAAGAGGAUGAGAAUGGUGGUGGGAAGUCGGGGGUACAGGACGCGGAGCAGACUUCAGCAGGUGUGUCUGAGUCUUCAGAGCCGCAGCAUUUUACAGCAACAGUGACUCGCUGCAGCCCCACCGUGGCCUUUGUGGACUUCUCUGCCAGCGCGCAGCUGAAGAACGAGGUGCCAGAAGAACGAGACCAGAAGAAGCCAGAAAAUGAGAUGAGUGGGAAGGUAGAGUUAGUGCUGUCACAGAAGGUAGCAAAGCCAAAAUCCCCAGAACCAGAAGCAACCUUGACAUUUCCUUUUCUCAACAAAAUGCCUGAAACCAACCAACUGCAUUUGCCAAAUCUCGAUUCUCAAGCCGAUUCUCCGAGCAGUGAGAAGUCCCCCGUAACCACACCCUUUAAGUUCUGGGCAUGGAACCCGGAAGAGGAGCGUAGGCGACAGGAGAAAUGGCAGCAGGAACAAGAGCGUCUGCUCCAGGAGAGGUACCAGAAGGAACAAGACAAGUUGAAGGAAGAGUGGGAAAAGGCCCAAAAGGAGGUGGAAGAAGAAGAACGCAGGUACUACGAAGAGGAGCGUAAGAUAAUUGAAGACACGGUGGUCCCCUUCACUCUUUCCUCGAGUUCUGCAGACCAGCUGUCUACUUCCUUGUCUGUCACUGACGGCAGCGGGACUACGAAUAAAGUGGACUUGGAAAACUCUCAAGACAAAGAGAAAGAGAGAAGACAGAAGAUACCUUUCCAGGAGAGCGACAGUGACCAGUUGCUCAAGGCUGGGGAAAGUGGUUCACCGAAGGAGGACAGCAGCCUAAUCCAAGAACCCUCAGCUUGUUCAGAAGACUCCAUGUCAAAAGGAAUCCAUCUGGACCAGCGGCCAGAGGCGGAGGCUGAGACCCCACACUGUGGUACAAGCCCACAGCUAGCUCAGGAGCCACCUCAGAAUCAACAGGUAUCAAACCCAUCAGCAUAUAUGUCAGAAGACGUGAAGCCCAAAACCCUGCCCCUGGAUAAAAACCUGAAUCAUCAGCUCGAGUCUCCGGGUGAAAGGCGGAAGAAAAGUCCUCGAGAGAACUUCUGGGCUGGACCCCUGUCCCCCUGUUCUCCUACCCCUCCCAGCCAGUCACCAAACAGGUAUAAGAGGUCUAUUAGCGGGAAGAAGCUCUGCUCCUCCUGCGGGCUCGCUCUGGGUAAAGGAGCCGCGAUGAUCAUCGAGACCCUGAAUCUCUACUUUCACAUCCAGUGUUUCAGAUGUGGCAUUUGUAAAGGACAGCUGGGAGACACAGUGAGUGGGACAGACGUGAGGAUUCGCAACGGUCUCCUAAACUGUACUGACUGCUACAUGCGAUCCAGAAUUUUUGAAGAGUAUUUGCCAAAUAUUUCUGUGAGCAAACCUGGUGUUUAUCCAGAUGGGGAUGUGACGUCAUCUCCAGUGGGGAGAGCCGGAGCAGGUACAGCAGUGGAUUAA